AUUCCUUUGCUGAACUUCUACGCAGAGUAUUCCUAUCAUUCGGAGCCUCAAUUCUUCAAUUGCCAUUACAAUUCCGUGCCAAGAAAGACGCAGCUUCUCUAGUUUACAACAUACUUCUUCGCCCCCAUCACUAUAAACCGUAAAACCACAGCCACAAAACCACAACCAUGACCUCCCAAGCUCUCCUCCGCACCCUCACCCUCCGCGCUGCAGCGGCCCGCACGUCGUCAUUCCGUGCCUCGCUCCCCACGACGACCGCGACGAGACCCUUCACGGCGUCCUCGACGACGAGGUUCGCGUACAAGGACACCCAGGACCGCGAGUCGCUGAACCCGGCCUCCAACGAGGGGACCAAGACGGGCCGCGACACGGAGGUGGCGCACGAGAAGGAGGCGUUUGACCCGUCGACGACGCGGCCCAAGGGCGAGAAGAGCGAGGACAGCGGCACGCUUGACGUUAGCGGCGCGAACCAGGCCGCGUCGAAGCCGCAGGGGGAUAACCCGGGCGGGAAGGGUGCUGGACGGAAGGAGGGGGGUGGUGAGGGGAGUAGCGGUGCUGGGAGUGCGCCCAAGGCUGGGGAGGCGUGAGGUUUGCUGUCGUGAAGUGGAAUACUUGGUGUCGGGUUUGUCGUGAUGAGAGGUUUGGCGAAGGGGGUGGGAGAUGCGUGGCGGGGUGAAGGAAGCUGGGAUUGAAUGGGAGGUGAGGGUCAAGAGGGUAUGGCAUGGCAUGGCAGAGGUGGUAACGGAAGAUAUCAUUAUCAUCAGCAUCAGAACCGGGAGAGAGAUCGUUCCUAUCCCGACUUUUAAUUACAUGACCAUUGAGCAA